AUGGAUUGUAGCAAAUUGACGGAAGAUGGGAUCUCUGAAUUAGGAAUGGAGUUCAGCAUUGAAGAUGAUGCGUACAAGUUUUACAACAAAUAUGCCUUUAAAAUGGGUUUUAGUGUACGCAAAAAUUAUCUAAAUAAAGACAAAGACGGCGUGACCACGUCUAGGAGAUAUAGUUGCUGCAAGGAAUGUGUGAAGCGGACAAUGAAGUACCGUCAGCAUAACCUUGUUUUAGACUAUAACCAUGUGUUGCAUAUUGUUCAAUGUUCGCACAUGAUGCCAUUACAAAGAAAAGUGAGUGAGGUACAAGGAUUCCAAGUUGAAAUAAGCGAGGAUGCUAGACUUUCAUUGAAACAGAACCAUGAGCUUAUGGGAAAGGAGGCAGGUGGGAUGGGUAAUGUCGGAUAUGCUCGGGAUGAUCUUAAACGAUAUCUUCGAACGAGACGGGAAAGGAACUUGAAAUAUGGAGAAACAGAAGUAAUGUGUGGAAAGCGUCCAAAUACCAUACUAACCGAUCAAGAUCACGCCAUGGCAGCCGCUCUUUCACUUGUCAUGCUCCAAACGUUUCACGGUCUAUGUACGUUUCACAUAAGGCGUAAUUUUAUGAAAUAUCUUGGCAAUCACUACAAGGACAAUAGUGACAUUCCAUACAUGUUUGGUGCCUGCAUGUAUGAGAUUGAAGAAGUGAAACAAUUUAACAGAGUCUGGGAGUCGAUGGUGAAGAAACACAAUUUUAAAAAUAAUGAAUGGCUUACCGGACUAUAUCGAAUUCCUGAUAAAUGGGCAAGAUGCAUGAUGAAAGAAUUAUGGACCGUGAGAAUACAUUUCAAUCGGGUGGUUGAUGAUAAGAGACAUAAUAAACUCAUUGCAGAAUAUGAAAUGAGGCAAAAGUUGCCAAUGGUAGGGUUGAGGCAAACACCUAUAUUUGUGCAUGCAGCAGAGAUGUAUUCACAAACCGUAUUUAUUACUUUUCAAAAUGAAUAUGGCGAGUCAACAACUAUGAUUAUAUUGAGACAACAGCGGAUGUUUGUGGAGUUUGCGGUAAUGAGAUAUGACGGAGGACCUGAAAGAAUAGUGGUAUUCAAUCGGAAUGAUCUAAGUGUACGCUUUAGUUGCAAAAAAUACGAAAAUGAUGAAAUUUUGUGUGGGCACGCGUUGAAAGUAUUUGAUACCGUGGGCAUAAAGACAAUUUCUCCUGAAUACGUUAAGAGGCGAUGGACAAAAAGAGUUCGGGCAAGGGACUGUUUUGAUCGGCGAGCACUGUAA